AUGUCGUAUCAUCUGAAGUCUACCCCAUUUUUCUGGCGUACGUCUUUGACGGGCAAGAAGAACGGGCAGCUGCAGAAGCUAAAGGAGGAGCAUGAUCGUAUUAAAGAGUUCAACGGACGCACAAUUGAUACUAAAAUGUGUCACGUUCGAUUAAAACGUUUGUUUAAGGAGAUUGAAGAGAUUAAGGAAACCAAUUUGAAAAGACGCAAUACGAUUAAAGAGGAACCGCUCAAAAAUCAGAUGCCAUUUUAUCAUGACGAUUCAUCGAAAACUGAGAAAAAUCGUAGAAGAAGCUAUCAACAUAGGAGCUCAGCCGAUCAAUCUAAAACAAUGAUUCAGAAACGUAAUGAGGGUGGUUUGAGCCGUGCCAUCCGAACAAGAAUAGCCACGUCACCGAGAAAGGCGAAAACGGAUAAAGACGAACAGACAAGUAUGACACGCGUUAAUCGGCGUCUUAAAUACGGCAAUGAAGUAUCGAAUUGGAAUAUGCAACGUAUGCUUACAAAUAAUUUGAGCGGAGAGGUUAAGGUUGGCUUACGUCAGACCCUUAAAGAGACUCGUCGUUUCUUCCGCAAGCCUUCCGCGCGUACCGGUCCCGCAGGAACGCUGGAUGUAAUAAACAGAAACAAAAAUGAGAAAAUGAAACAUUGCAUUAACUAUGUAAACAAUGUUUCGCCUAAUACUAUUCCCAAAACGUCAAGACGCCGGAAAAAAGACGCUGCCGCAAUGGAUGAUGUGCGGACCGCUUCUAAUCCGAACUUGACAGAUGGUAACAUGUCGCAACAAUUUAACUUUGGAUGUAAGCCCGGCGAAUACUUUCGUGGUAGCGAAAUGACAACAAAACGUGGGGAGCUCUUUUAUUCUGGUCUUUCAUCAGAAAUACAAAGUGAAGAUGAUGACAAGCGUACCAUUGCCCGUAAACGUUGGGACAAAAUUUCCGAAGUAAUAAGCAGUCGAUUUGAUAUUAACAAAAGUGCUAGAAAUUUAAAAACUUUAGAAAAGUGUGGCAACGAUUUGGAAUAUCAACUGCGCACCAUCUCCAAUGAUACCCAUUUACCGCAGAGCCAAAUUAUGGUUCAACGAGGUGAGCAAAUGAAUCCUUCCGAAAACAAUGGUGACAGCCUUUUUGAAGGCGAAAUUUUUGUUAACAAGGAAAUCUUAUUAGAUGUCAUCUCACGUUCUGUAAAUGCAACACCCUAAUUGGGCCCCAACAUCCCAAUCACCAGUUUCGCUUAGUCUUCAUACAAAAAUUAUGUGAAAUCUUACAGCAUACACCUUACGAUUUCCGCCACCUGAAUAAUAUUAUAUAUAUAUGUUAAUAAUAGUAGCGUUGACUGACGUUGCAGUCAAAGCCAGUAUUGAGUUUAAAAAAAAGAUGCGAUUGAACGAUGAGUUGGUGUUGUUGAUUUGAAGACGUUUCCACCAACACCUUGU